UCAAUACCCUGUAUGUGUGUUUUAAUGAACGUUUGAGUUUUAACGAGUACAUUUAGCAUUUAGCGUAGCGCAUUUGCAUUUCCAGGUGCCUAGUUGAGACAUCUGCGUCUCAGAUAGGAGCAACUGGUUUUAACGUUAGUUUCAUUAGCUUGCACUAUCUUUUGGUUUAAAGUAAUUAACGUCAACAUUAAUGAUAUACUGGUAGUCAUGUUAGUCAUGUUAGCUAACAUUAGCUAGCUUGGUAAAUCAUUCCUGCAUUAACUGGAAAGGGAAGACAGUAUGCUAAUGUCUCGUAACCAAUAUCAACCUGACACUUUGCAUCUAUAAACUAUGUUUUAGUUGCUAAUUACUAAACUAUUUACCAAGUGGUUAAAUGUAUUUUUCAGCUGCUAAUAUAAGCGCAGACAUGCUUCCCAGCCUCUCUAAGGAGGAUUUACAUGAUCUCUUUCCCAGGCCAGAGCACUUCUUCAGAAGGAGAACCAUUUGGAGACUUACUCAUGGUGAAAAUGAGGGUCAAGAAUCAGACCUGUGUAGACCAGGCACCUCCUCUGGCACCUGUGAUUUCAGCCCCACUACUACCCCCUUUCCCUCCUCCUACUCCUCCAGAAAUCUGUGAAGAAGCAGCUUUUGAAAAGGAAGAGGCCACGAAGAAAGAGGCCACGAAGCCUUAGCUUUCAGAGCAGCCAGGAGAUGUCCACUGAUGAGACUUUGAUCUUGAAGAGAUCCCCACAAUCUAGAUGUAGCACCCCAGAGGUUGAACGGUUGGGUGAACCAGGCGAGACCUUAUAAAAUUCUACAGGAGAUGUACAAAACCAAGGCCAGACCAUACCAGAAGGAUGUUUCCCUGCUCCUGGACCUUGAAUUCCAAGCAAGACGGGCCUUCAUCGACUCUGAUGCUACUAAGGAACAGGACAGGCCUACCAAAAUACUUCAAGCGUAUCCCUGCUUCAGAGAACUGGAUCAUGUUAUGGAUGAGCUCCGGCGGAACCUCGAUCGAGGGAACUCCCGCUUCGUACCUGAACUGAAGACCCUCUGGGGGACCUUUUACAACAAGGCACAGUUUUAUGGAGUGCUCAAAAAGGUCAUGAAGCCACCGCUGCUGGACAAAGUGAAGCUCUCAAUUGCCUUGAUGAGGCUUUACCAGACAUGUUCCCAUCACCUGAGGCUCCGACGAAGAAGUUACAUCCUUGAGUCUGCAGAAGACCCCAACACCUUUCUUCAGGCAAGACCACUCUUCAGCCCUGUCGUGAUUGUCUGCAAAACCAACUGCAAUCUUGGAACCAUGCCUGUGGUGACCUUCCCAAAAGAGAACAUCUAUGCCAGCGUGACGUAUCUCAUGGCGUGUUAUUACGCCUUUCACCUCACAUAUCCUAAGUGCAUUGCGACACUCCUCUCUGUGCUGUAGACAGAAGUCUUCUCGGACCCCAUCCACGACCAGGACAUGAAUUCUUAAAAAAUAAAAGGCUAUGGCCGAGUGGAAAAGGUUCAUUACUGACUAGGGUUGCACAAUAAAAAAUAACACAAUUCUGGUCCAGAUAACAGAACUGUGUGUAUCAGCCGAUCCGAUAACCUUUAGUUAAUAGGCAGGGAGUUUGUUGUUUAUUAUAAGGUUUAAAGCACUGUUACGUUUGUUAUCUUGCCAUAGGUCUUACCUUUUCAUUUUCACAUUGACCACCAAUGGCCUUUGUUGUUGUUGUUUUUGCAUCCUUUGUUCUGCCCAUAUGCAGCCUCUGGAUAUAUUGAGUCCUCAAUAAAGAAUUGAAAAGAAAUUCUUAAAGACAUUCUUUCUUUAAGCAAGCCAAUCUUAUUUCUAGUAGUAGUACAAGUACAUUUAUCUUAGUCAGGAUUACUUAAUUUAAGCACAAUAUUCAAUUCCAGGGUAUAUGGCCUCAUUUCAAGACGAUUGCAAUAGCAAAUUUAAGCGCAUUUUCCUACAUAUUGAGAAAAUAAUUCUUAAAUCUUUUCUUUGUAUCCAGACAUAUGUACAUGUUUUUAGUGUAGCUGUACUGGUUUUAAGAUAUAUUUACGAAACAUAUAGCCUUAUUUCAAGAUGAUGGCACUAGCAUUUGCUAAAUUUAAGCACAUUUUCCUACAUAUUGAAAAAUGAUUCCUAAAUCUUUUCUUUGUAACCAGACAAAUGACUUGUUUUUAGUCUGGCCGCACUGUGUGUUCUUUGAGAAUAAAUAUUUUUACUUGUUUUAAAAAUCUUGGCAAGUAAAAUUUUCCUGUUCUGUUGUCAGAUCAUUUUGUUUAUUUUAAGUAAUAUUUCCCCCAUUUUAUUGCUUUUUUUUACUUGUUUUUUCUUAAGAGCUGACUUUUUGCAGUGAUGUUGAUGUGAAUAAUAUUUAUUGGUCCAUGGUGUGUAAUGACGAGCAACCAGCUGCUGCACUUGACACAUUUAUGAAAUUGCUUAUCCCAGAUACUAAUAAGCAUGCACCCAUUAAGACAAUUACUGUGGAUUGAUAAGGAAUUGAAAAAUUGUAUAGUUGAGAGGUGUCAUGACUUGCCAGUCCUGUGCUGGAGAUUAAAGAUGCCGGCUAGGCAAAGGUCUGAACCCCACCCCCAACCUCUCCUGGGGCUGUUGGCCAGUUUUAUGAUGGUCAGCAAUACCUUUCCUUGCCAGGCAGUAGUUAUGGGGAAACAGCCUUUUUGUUACAGAGAUUUCCCAGUAGAACAAAUGAUCUUUUCCCGCCAAGACUCCAACAUCCCAAAAAUGGAGAAUGAAACAAUAUUUAUAUUAUUAGAAUAUUUAAUGCUGGAAAUGGUCAUUGGAGACUAAACUAACCCUCAUGUCGAAUUAGUUUUUUUAUGUUGUGACAUCAUGAAAGACGGUAGAAGCACAUAACUGUAUCUCUGUUUAUCUACUCUUCUCAAUUAUGAGGUUUGCAUCUGAAUGUUGUAUAAAAUUAAUGAUUAAGUAUCAGAAUACUUUUGAAAAGAUAGAACUGUGACUUUAGUCUUCUAAAUGAGAAAGUGUUUUUUCAUGUAAUUUUUAUCCAGUCAAUAAUCACGCCCACGUGAGCACAGACAUUAUGCCAAACGUAAUGGAACGCCCUUUUCCCCCAAGUGUGUAAAAGGACUUUCUGAAGAAUUAACAUUUUAGACCAGUUACGUGCAGCGCCAGCUGAAUACGUUAUAAAUGGUUAAGAAAUCUACCACUCUAUAGACCAAGCAGACUGAGGUGUAUAAGGACAUGGCAAUCUCUGGUGGCCGAACCAGAGUCGUACACUCAAGAUCUCCGUGACUAAAGGAUUUGGACGAUCAAUGACAGCUCAAUCGUAAAUAUGUAAAUUGCAUUCCUUUUACCAAAUGAGCGGUUAUUGGAGUGCUUAAGAUUUUGUAUUUCCCAAUGUCCGAUAGAUUAACUUCUUUGUCUCCCUUCCUCCCCCGUGCUCUCUCUGAAUUCGCCAUGAUGUUAUAACCAAACUGUCCUGUUUUGUUACUCUUCCAGAGACUAUUUACUGUAUAAUGUUGGUCUGUAUUUGUAUAUUCUGUAAUUGUUUUAUUAAUUAGUAAAUAAAUAAUUGAGCCUA